AUAAGUCAUAUAAUACCACAGCGAUUGCAUUUUAAUAACAAAAGAUGCCGACGCAAGAAGGCCAGAGGGAGAAGCCGCGGCUCUACUGUGGUAUGGGCAAUCAUACGCUUCAGGAACCAUCUACAAAAAUCGCAUCUAUAGGAAUGCUGGCAUUUGCUAAAAGAUGGAAUCCAGAGCUGACGCACUCUACCCUUAUAUGUAUUAGUUGCUAUGAAUUCCUAGAGAAAAUAUUUCGUUAUAAACAAAAGCGAAUUAGACAACGCAUAGGUCAAACGAAUAGAGGCGAACAUGACACCAAUUCUCUUACGGACGUAAGCUCCAGUGCUUUGAGCACCACCUCCUCAUCAUCCAGGGGGAGAAGCGCAUCCUCCAGGGGGGCCGGCUCAUCCCCCAGAGUGGGCGGCUCAUCCCCCAGAGUGGGCGGCUUAUCCUCCAGGGGGGACACACCUUCAUCUCAGCGAAGCGGUCCUACUACGAGCGCAGCGGCAGCAGCAAAACGAAAGCGGACACAAGUAACACAUUCGGACUCAUCGCAACCCACCGACGAUCCUCAGCCUAAUAACGAUGAUGACGACGACAACAUGCUAAGUCUGAAUGCAGUGAAUGGGACACGACUUCCUCACAUACAGCCCAUUCCCAAAAGACGCCAAUUUGUGCACUUGAACAAGGAGGCAAUGGAUAUUUAUUUGGCCGGUACCACAGGAGGCUAAUCUCAAAGUAUUAUUAUUACUAUUGAAAGACUAAAGUUUAUUUUUCUUAAUUAUAUACAUAUGUUUAGAACUAGUUAUUUUACUCAUUUAUUUCU